CCCACAACCACCACCUCCAUCUCUAUCUCCAACAUCAGCACCGGGGCCCUCAAAACUCACCAGGCCACUUCUCUGCUCUCGCAGCCACCUCCGCACAGGCAACCCGCCGCCUCCCUCCACCAUGGCUCCCUCCGACAAGCUCGAUCUCGGCCGUGUCCUCGUCAUUGGCGGCUGCGGCUUCCUCGGCCACCAUGUCGUCAACCUCGUCCUCCGCGACUGGAACUCGUCCUCCGUUGCCGUAGUCGAUCUCAGGUGCCAGCGCAACCGCCGCCCUGCCUCUGACGGCGUCGAGUACGUCGAGGCCGACAUCACCGACGCCGACAAUCUCGCAAAGGUCCUGGGCCGCCUCCGUCCAGACGUCGUCAUCCAUACCGCCUCUCCCCCCGCCCAAGGCAGUUCCGCCAUCUCUAACGACCUCUUCAAGAAAGUCAAUGUCGACGGCACUCGUGCCGUCAUUGCCGCCUGCCAGCAGGCCGGUGUCCAGGCUCUCGUAUACACGAGCUCGGCCAGCAUCCUCAGCGACAACACCAGCGACCUCGUCAACGCCGAUGAAGAGUACCCCGUGAUCCGCGGCAAGCAGCAAACCGAGUACUACUCCGAGACCAAAGCGCAGGCCGAGGAGCUUGUCCUCGCUGCAAACCGCGCCGCUGAAGCCCCCAAGUUGCUCACCACCUCUAUCCGCCCCUCGGGCAUCUUUGGCGAGGGCGACGUUCAGCUCGUCUACCACACCGUCCAGAUCUACAAGACCAACAAGGACAAGGUCCAGGUUGGCGACAACUCGAACCUCUUCGACUUUACCUACGUCGAGAACGUCGCUCACGCACACCUGCUCGCCGCCCGCGCGCUGCUGCUCACCGCCAGCAACCCCACGAUACCGCUUGACCACGAGCGCGUCGACGGCGAGGCCUUCAUCGUGACCAAUGGCAGCCCCGUCUACUUCUGGGACAUGAUGCGCGCUAUUUGGCGCGCCGCCGGGUCCCCGCGCGGCACCAGCCACGUCUGGACGCUGUCUCGCGACCUGGGUCUCGUCCUCGGCCUGCUUAGCGAGAUUGCAUUUGGCAUCAUGCGCAAGCCUCCGACCUUCAACCGCCAGCGCAUCAUCUACAGCACAAUGACGCGGUACUAUGACAUCUCAAAGGCGCGGACGAGGCUUGGGUACGAACCACUUGUAACGCUCACCGAGGGCGUGCAGAGAGCUGUCAAGUGGACCAUGGAAAAUGACCCGCGGAUGGGGGCGCCCGUAAAGGCUUAGACGAAGGGGACAGCAGAUAACGUGGACGAUGAGGAAAAGAAUGGGAUCAUGGCAGUAACAGCGUACUUUCACUUCUAUGCAGUAGGCUUGCAUUGAAGAACGUGAAGGUCAGGGCAAAAGGUUGGGAUGGGUAACACGACUAUGUCCAAGGUGACAUGUAUACAGACAU